AUGUCCACCGAAGUCGCUGCUGCCACUCCGGCCCCGGCCCCGGCUCAGACCAAGCCCGCUGCUGAGGGUGCUGCCGCCGCUGCGCCCGCCGCCACCCCGGCCGCCCCGGCUGCUCCCGCUCCGACCACCACCAGUGGCUCGGGCGCCAGCCUCUACGUCGGAGAGCUCGACCCCUCGGUCACCGAGGCCAUGCUCUUUGAGAUCUUCAACAUGAUCGGCCCGGUCGCCUCCAUCCGAGUCUGCCGUGACGCCGUCACCCGUCGUUCGCUCGGGUACGCCUACGUCAACUACAUCAGCGCUGCCGACGGAGAGCGCGCGCUUGAGCACCUCAACUACUCGCUCAUCAAGAACCAGCCCUGCCGCAUCAUGUGGUCCCAGCGGGACCCGGCGCUCAGGAAGACUGGUCAGGGGAACAUCUUCAUCAAGAACCUCGACGAGAGCAUUGACAACAAGGCCCUCCACGACACCUUCGCCGCUUUCGGCGAUAUCCUCUCGUGCAAGGUCGGUCUUGACGAUGCUGGCAAGUCCCGCGGAUUCGCCUUCGUCCACUACUCCACCGGCGAGGCUGCCAGCGCCGCCAUCAAGGGCGUCAACGGCAUGUUGCUCAAUGACAAGAAGGUCUUUGUCGGCCACCACGUCGCCCGCAAGGAGCGCCAGGGCAAGAUUGAGGAGCAGCGCUCUCAGUUCACCAACGUCUUUGUCAAGAACCUCGAGGGCGAGAUCACCGACGAGGAGUUUGAGGCGCUCUUCUCCCCCUUCGGUUCCAUCAUCUCGGCUGCUAUCGGUCGGGAUGAGAGCGGUGCCAACAAGGGCUUCGGGUUCGUCAACUUUACCGACCACGAGGAUGCCAAGAAGGCCUGCGACGAGCUCAAUGACACCGAGUUCAAGGGCAAGAAGAUCUUUGUCGGGCGGGCGCAGAAGAGGAGCGAGCGGGACGAGGAGCUCAAAAAGGCACACGAGGAGAAGCGCAUGGAGAAUGACGCCAAGAGCGCCGGUGUCAACCUUUACGUCAAGAACCUUGACGAUGAGUGGGAUGACGACCGUCUCCGCGCCGAGUUCGAGACCUUCGGUACCAUUACCUCGUGCCGGGUCAUGAAGGACGACAAGGGCGUCUCUCGCAACUUCGGUUUCGUCUGCUACGCUUCCCCCGACGAGGCGACCAAGGCGGUCUCCGAGAUGAACGGCAAGAUGAUCGGCACCAAGCCCCUCUACGUCGCCCUCGCCCAGCGCAAGGACGUCCGUCGCCAGGCGCUCGAGUCGCAGAUGGCUCAGCGUGCCAACCAGCGCAUGCAGUACGGCGUCCCGCCCAGCUACAUGGGUCAGAUGGGUCAGCCCAUGUACGGCUACCCGCCCAUGCCCGGAUACGGCCAGCCCAUGAUGCCCAUGCGCCCCAUGGGUUACCCCGGCGCCCAGCAGCCCCAGCAGAUGAUGCAGGCUCGUCCCCGGUACCCCGGUCCCCAGCCCGGUAUGCCCAUGGGCCCCUACGGUAUGCCUCCCCAGAUGGCCGGCUACCCCGCCAUGCCUCCCCAGCAGUAUGGCGCCCGCCCCGUUCGUCCUCCCACCCAGAACGGUCCUCAGAUCAACGGUCGCUCCCCUGUCGGUGUGCCCCAGGGUCUCCCCGCUUCCCGCGGUCAGAUGCCCAGCCGUCCCCAGCAGGGCUUCCAGGACCAGAACCAGGCCCAGGCCCCUCGGUUCAGCGCCCAGACCCUCGCCCGUGCCAACCCGAACGAGCAGAAGCAGAUGCUCGGCGAAGUCCUCUACCCCCUCAUCCACGAGAACCAGCCCGACCUCGCCGGCAAGAUUACCGGCAUGCUGCUCGAGAUGGACAACGGAGAGCUCUUGCACCUCGUCGAGUCUGCUCCGGCACUCCAGGAGAAGGUGGACGAGGCGCUCCGCGUGCUCGCCGAGUGGGGCAACAAGCAGGAUGGCGAGGAGCCCAAGGCGGAGGACAAGGAGGAGACCAAGGCAGAGUAG